CCUCCUCCUCCAGUCUCUCCUCCUCCUCCAGUCUGUCAGUCUGUCUCAUCCAGUCUCUCCUCCAGUCUCUCCUCCUCCUCCUCCAGUCUCUCCUCCUCCAGUCUCUCCUCCUCCUCCUGCAUUUCACUUUCUUCUCCGGGUUCAUGUGAUUUCUUCUGGAGAAAGUGAACUCCCGAUUAUCCUUUGGGCUCUUGAAGGUGUGCAGUUCUGAUCCAAACCAGAUGGUUCAGGUCGUGCUCAGGUAGACCAGCUCCACCAUGAGCCUCCACUCCAGCUUGGAGGCAGGGGCGGAGCUCUACAGCGACAGCCCCUCCCUGGUGUCUCUCGACUCCAGUGUUUUUUUCAGCGAGGCGACGGCGUCCUGCAUCAGAGAUCAGCUCCACGUCUUCAUCAUAAAUGUCGGGGGAAGUCGAUAUGUGCUGUCGCAGGAGCUGCUGGCGUCCUACCCGGAGACCCGGUUGGGGAAACUGGCCUGCUGCAACCAAGACUCAGCGCUGGAGCUCUGCGACGACGCCGACUUCAUGGAGAACGAGUUUUUCUUUGACCGGAACUCCCAGACCUUCCAGUAUGUGAUGAACUACUACCAGACAGGCCACCUCCACGUGAGGGAGGAGCUCUGUGAGAUCUCCUUCCUGCAGGAGAUUGAGUACUGGGGCAUCGACGAGCUUCACAUCAACCCUUGCUGCCGCGAGCGUUACUACCGCCGCAAGGAGCAGAAGGAGACCCUCGACGUACGCCGAGAGUUUGAGGCCGAGGACGACGAUGAGGACUUUGUGGGUGCCACCUGCCCAGCUCUCCGGCGCCGCCUGUGGGACCUGCUCGAGAAACCCGACUCCUCACGCGCCGCUCGGACCUUCGGCUCGCUCUCGGUCUUCUUCGUGGUGGUGUCAGUCAUCAACAUGGUGCUGAUUUCACUGGACCCAGGGGAGGACUUUGGUGUGAGUGCUGUCGACAUCAGAGCACCGCUGCUGUUCGACGCCCUGGAGUACGUAUGCGUGGUUUGGUUCACGGGUGAGCUUGGGCUUCGGUUUCUCUGCGUGAGGGAUAAGUGCCGCUUCAGUCGAAGCAUUCCCAACGUGAUCGACCUGCUGGCCAUCCUGCCAUUCUACGUGACGCUGGCGGUGGAGAGCCUCCAUGGAGGAAGCACCGAGCUGGAGAACAUGGGCCGCGUGGUGCAGGUCCUCCGACUGCUGAGGUCGCUCCGUAUGUUGAAGCUGGGACGACACUCGACAGGCCUGAAGUCUCUGGGUAUGACCAUCGCUCAGUGCUACGAGGAGGUUGGCCUCCUGCUCCUCUUCCUCGGCGUCGGUAUCUCCAUCUUCGCCACGGUGGUCUUCACUCUGGAGUACGACCUUCCUGCCACCACCUUCACCAGUGUGCCGGCCGCUUGGUGGUGGGCAACCACCUCCAUGACCACAGUCGGCUACGGAGACGUCCGGCCCGACACAGCUGUGGGGAAGGUGCUGGCCUUCCUCUGCAUCCUAUCAGGCAUCCUGAUCCUGGCGCUCCCCAUCGCCAUCAUCAACGAGCGCUUCUCCGCCUGCUACUUCACCCUGAAGAUGAAGGAGGCGGCGAUGCGGCACAGCGAGAUGCUGAAGAGGCUGGCCCGUGGAUCUGUCGGGGGGGCGGGUGUUGGCGGAGGCGUUAACCUGAGAGACGCCUACGCCCAGAGCGUCUUGGAGAUGCUGAGGCUGCACGGGAGAGAGAGGGCGAGCACCCGGAGCAGCGGAGGAGACGAACUGUGGUGGUAGAACCCGGAGACUCGGACGGGUCCAGACCUGAUUUAAAGGGGCCGCCAUGCAAAGGGGGGGGGAUGUGACAAAGAGCUGAUGCUGCUCACGCCUCUGGAGGUCAGAGGUCAAGAAAAUAGUUCCAGGCAGUGUUUGUUUAUUGCACCUGAAGCACCUGUACAUGUCACAAUGAAUAC